CACAAGUAUACACACUCUCUUACUGUCGUCAUGGUUCGCGCCAAUCUACACGAUAUUCACACUAUAUAAAACCCUAAUUUUCUCUCUCCUCACACUCUACACUCACAGAAAAUUGUUUGCAGAGAAACACAAUUUGGAAUAUAUGUCCCUCAAUCAAUCACGGGCUGACAAGAGCGAGUCAUCACAGCACCGAAAAUCGAGUCGAUCCGGUAGCUUUAAUCAGCAGAGGAACUCUGGUGGCAGAGGCAAGGGCGGCGGUGGCGCUCCGGCCCCCCCUACCUCUUGGUCUUCUUCAUUAUCAUUGAACCAAAGCUUUAAGAAGUGUAAUAAUGCACAAGGAGGGCAAUCUAGGACAAGCGUUUUGGAUUCGAAUUCAAAUUCUAAUAAUGCUUCUGCAGACCGUAUUGUACAGAAUGGUGCCCAUUUUCAACCUCCAUUACAUGCUGAUGCUCCACUCAUAGGUGCUAAUGUGAAGCCUACUGAUGUUUCGACUCAGAAAAGCACCCGACCUAUUCCAAAGGUUCCAUCUUCUAAUGCUGCUACUGUCAUGUCUGACACCACGGCACCCACAACCCCUGCAAAAGCUCCAGCAGAUGCAUCCAAGUCAUUUCCUUUUCAGUUUGGUUCAAUAAGCCCUGGUUUAAUGAAUGGAAUGCAGAUACCUGCCCGAACUAGCUCAGCCCCACCAAAUCUGGAUGAACAGAACCGCGAUCAGGCUCGCCAUGAUCUUUUAAGAGCUGGGUUGACAUUGCCAAUGCCAUCCAUUCCCAUUCCCAAGCAGCAGUUGCCAAGGAAGGAUGCAGGAACUGUUGACCAAUCUAAUACUGAUGAGACUCAUCCAACACCUAAGGUGAAAAGGGGUGUGCAAGUUUCAGCUGCAUCCCAUGUGGUCGAAACUCAGAAGCCUUCUGUACAUACUAUUCCUGGGAUUUCUAUGCAAAUCCCAUUUCACCAGCCACAGGUUCCCAGUCAAUCUAAUACUGGUGAGACUAAUCCAACACAUAAGGUGAAAAGGGAUGUGCAAGUUUCAGUUGCAUCCCCUGUGGUCCAAACUCAGAAACCUUCUGUACAUCCUAUUCCUGGGGUUUCUUUGCAAAUACCAUUUCACCAGCCACAUGUUCCCAUUCAGUUUGGUGGCUCCAGCCCACAAAUUGAGUCUCAGGGUAUGACUGGCACUUCAUUGCCGAUGCCAGUGCCGCUGCAUUUACAAAUGGGAAAUCUGCCUCAGGUGCAGCAGCCGGUAUUUGUUGCAGGUCUUCAACCCCAUCCAAUGCAGACUCAGGGAAUUAUGCAUCAGGGCCACGGCUUGAAUUUUUCAUCUUCAAUGGGUCCUCAGCUUCCUCCUCAGUUGGGCAAUUUGGGAAUUGGCAUCACUCAACAAUUCUCUCAACAACAGGCAGGCAAUUUUGGCAGUACCCGUAAAACUGUCAAGAUUACUCAUCCAGACACUCAUGAAGAAUUGAGACUUGAUGGUUCAUCAGGCCAGAGGACACAUCCUAAUGUGCCACCGAUAUCCCAACCUAUUCCUUUGUUUCCACCUGCUCAUCCAAUUAACUACUACCCUAAUACUUACAAUGCCAGUUCUCCCUUUUUUCCAGCUCCAAAUUCUCUUCCUUCAAGUAAUACCUCUUUCACUCCCAUUUCUCAGGCACCAAGGUUUUAUAAUCAGGUUAGCCAGGGCCCACCAACUGCAUCUUUCAUACACUCAUCUGCUCUUAACUCCAUUUCUGUUGAUAAAACUAAUGCCUUAUUGCAUGGCAUUGCCAAACUAUCAACUUUGGAUCAUUCUAGUAAGGUUCAUAAUAUAGCAUCCUCACCUUCAUCAACUUCUAUUCAUGUAACUGUGAAACCUGCGGCUGCCUCACAUGGAGAAAAGGCUGCUGACACAUCACUGUCAGUAAGCUCAUCUGCUGUUGAAAAGAGUCUCUUUCCUAAACUGCCAUGGUCACAUGGGGUAGCUAGGUCAAGUUAUCCUCAACAAGAUUGUGAGACUUUAUCUCAAAGCUCUUUACAGCAAUCAAAAUUUGGGAUUGAACCAACGUCUACAUCAGUUCAUGGGGCAAGUGAACAAUCUGUAGCAGUACCCAGUUCUGUUUCUACUGAGAUCCCCAUGCUCAACUCUUUUUCUGCUCCUCUUGGCCAUACUGAGGAUUCUGCACCAGUACCACCCAGUAGCACCAGUAGCACACCAAGGGAAACAAUUAAGUUUGACUUCAUCAAAGAUCCACCUAGGAAAUUAGGCAAGGAAGGACAAUCCCUCCCACAGAAUCAGAUUGGUGGACUGUCUAGUUCUUUUCCAAGCUUGUCUUUUCAGUCAAUGGAAAAUAGUUAUUCUCUUGACCGUGGAAUUCCUGGAAAUGUAGAGGUUAAAAUAACUCCCGAUUCAUCAGGAAACAGUGGGGUUUGCUUGGAAACUACAAGGGAGUCACUGGCCACUAUUCGUGUUGCCACUCCUGAUGCUUCUGAUUCAAGAAGUGAUUGUUCUGGCGAAGGCACAACACAAAAGUCAUCUGAAAUGUUUGAUGCUGGAACCAGUGUUGAUACUUCUUUGAAUGAUCAACAAUCAAAGCUCGAAACUGUGGGAACUAAAGAGCAAGAAGAAAUUGUGUUGCCCAAAGGGUCCAAACAAUAUGGGAACAGUCUUGAGACAUGUUCAGAAUCUAUCUCUGUGGAACCUUCCAAAGUCACUUCCCAAAUAGAACAGAGCUCUGGUCAGGGGGUAACAGUUGCUGGCUUUGAGAUUGGAUCCUCAGAAAUUGCACAGAGAGAGCUGAAAGAACCUGUAGGUUUUCACACACAGGAUGAUAUUGAUAAGGUGGCCGAGAAUUUUGUGACAUCCACCUUCACAGUGCAGGAUGCCAUAAAUAUUAAACCUUCCCCAUCAGCUCUUGAUUUAUCUACAAUUUCUCUGGGUGAUAAGGUUUCAAUCGUGAAUAUUUCUUUAACUGGAAAUGAUGGCAUUUGGACUGAAGAAGUUGAUGGUACAACUUCUGGUAUGCUAGAUCAGCACUCAGCCUGUGCUUCAGUACCUCCUCUUUCAGAAGCAACUUUGAAAUUUGAAGGAGAAGGUGCCGACAAAAUUAGUGCUGGCUUGGUUUCUCUUUCAGCAUUGGGUUCUAAGGAUAAACCCUUGCCCGAGCCAAAUAGAGGGAAGAGUGUGGCUAAACGAAGUAGGCAUAGAAAAGAACUACACCAAAAAGCAGAUGCUGCUGGUACGACUUCUGAUAUUUGCAUGGCAUACAAAGGUCCAAAGGAAAAUAAGGAAACUGUCAUCUCUGCAGAAAGUAUGGAAAGCAGCUCCAGCAUUAGUUUGAAGCAGGCAUAUGGUGACUCUUCUCAGGAGCAUGUUGUAUCAAGUAAAAACGUUGAUCAGAGUAAAGCUGAGCCCGAUAACUGGGAAGAUGCUGCUGACAUCUCUACUCCAAAAUUGGAAACUUAUGAUGAGGGUAAGCACGAUCACGGGGGAUUAAAACAUCAAGGUGAAGAUGAAAUUGGAGUAAUGGCCAGAAAGUAUACUAGGGAUUUCCUACUGAUAUUUGCAGAGCAAUGUAUUGACCUUCCAGAUGGUUUUGAUAUUGCAUAUGAUCUAGCAGAGGCCUUGAUAGUCUCUAAUCUCAAUGUUCGUCGUGAACCAUACCCUAGUCCCGGAAGAGUUGUUGAUAGGCUUGCAGGGGGACCUCGCCUGGACCGCCGUGGGAGUGGCAUCGGUAAUGAUGACAAGUGGAGUAAAGUACCUGGCCCUCUCGCAUCAGGAGGCGAUAUGCGGAUAGAUAUUGGUUAUGGGGGAAAUGUAGUGGGGCUUCGACCUGGCCAAGGGGGGAAUUAUGGUGUUUUAAGGACCCCUCGUGCUCAGACUCCCGUUCAGUAUGUCGGGGGAAUCCUAUCUGGGCCAAUGCAGUCCCUCGGUUCCCAGGGAGGUGUGCAACGUAAUGGCCCUGAUUCUGACAGGUGGCAGCGUGCCACUUCUUUUCAGAAGGGUUUAAUACCGUCUCCUCACACUCCGUCACUGGUGAUGCACAAAGCUGAGAAGAAGUAUGAAGUGGGUAAGGUAACUGAUGAGGAGCAGGCCAAACAGAGGCAGUUAAAAGGCAUCCUAAACAAGCUAACUCCCCAGAACUUUGAAAAAUUAUUUGAGCAAGUCAAACAAGUAAAAAUUGACAAUGCUGUUACUCUCACUGGAGUGAUCUCACAGAUAUUUGAUAAAGCUCUAAUGGAACCAACGUUUUGUGAAAUGUAUGCCAACUUCUGUUCUCACCUUGCAGGAGAUUUGCCUGAUUUGAAUGUUGGUAAUGAAAAAAUCACAUUUAAGAGAUUACUACUAAACAAGUGCCAGGAAGAAUUUGAGAGAGGAGAAAGGGAACAAGAAGAAGCUAACAAAGCUGAUGAGGAAGGUGACGUUAAACAGUCUGAACAGGAAAGAGAGGAGAAGAGAAUCCAGGCACGGAGAAGAAUGUUGGGUAAUAUUAGACUAAUUGGGGAGUUGUACAAGAAGAAGAUGUUGACGGAGAGAAUUAUGCAUGAAUGCAUAAACAAGUUGUUGGGUCAACCUGAGAAUCCUGAUGAGGAAGAUGUGGAAGCAUUGUGCAAGUUAAUGAGCACAAUUGGUGUGAUGAUUGAUCAUCCUAAAGCCAAGGAGCGCAUGGAUGGAUAUUUUGAUAUGAUGGCGAGGUUAUCAAACAACAUGAAACUGUCUUCUAGGGUUAGGUUUAUGCUGAAGGAUGCAAUUGAUCUGAGGAAGAAUAAGUGGCAGCAGAGGAGGAAAGUUGAGGGGCCCAAAAAGAUUGAGGAAGUACACAGGGAUGCUGCUCAGGAACGGCAGGCUCAAGUUAGUAGGCUUGCUCGUGCACCGAGCAUCAGCUCUUCAGUUAGAAGAAAUCAAACUAUGGACUUUGUACAUAGAGGGUCAAAUAUGUUACCUUCCCCAAGUGCGCAGAUGGGUGGUUUUCGUGGGGUGUCUCAACAUCUCCGUGGUUAUGGCGCUCACGAUGUUCGUUUUGAUGAUAGACUUUCAUUCGAGAAUAGGACUCUGUCAGUUCCCUUGCCUCAGAGACCCAUUGGUGAUGAUUCGAUUACCCUUGGCCCCCAAGGCGGUCUUGCCAGGGGGAUGUCUAAUAGAGGACUGCCAUCAAUACCAAGCACUCCCUUAGCUGAUACUCCAGGUCCUGGAGAUUCCAGACGAAUGACAGGUGGGCUGAAUGGUUACAAUUCUGCUCUAGAGCGGACAGCAUAUGGCCCAAGGGAGGAUCUUACUCAGAGAUAUAUCCCAGAAAGGUUUGCCAGUCGGUCUGCUAAUGACACACGAGAGAGAAAUAUUGAUGAUGAGAAGGAUACAAGCAACACAGAUCGUAGCUUUGAUAGAGCUCUGCCAACUUCAUCACCCAGGCAGAAUUGGGGACCAACUCUCAUGCAAAAUGUUUCUUCAGAUAAGGUGUUUUCUGAAAAGAACUUGGAAGAUAUGUCCAUGGCAGCAAUUAAAGAAUUCUACAGUGCAAGAGACGAGAAUGAAGUUGCUCUAUGCAUCAAGGAUAUGAAUGCUCCCAGCUUUUAUCCGUCAAUGAUAUCUAUUUGGGUCACUGAUUCUUUUGAGAUGAAGGACAGAGAAAGGGAUCUGUUGGCUAAGCUUCUCAUUAAUCUUGCAAAAUCUAAAGAUGUAAUGAUAAGUCAAGAUCAGUUGCUCAAAGGGUUUGCAUCUGUUUUGACUACAUUAGAGGAUGUCGUAAAUGAUGCACCGAGAGCAGCUGAGUUUCUGGGUUGUAUCUUGGCCAAAUUGAUUUUGGAGAACGUGAUUCGAUAUCCAGAUAUUGGGCAGUUGAUAUAUGAAGGUGGGGAGGAGAAAGGUCGUCUUGUGGAAAUAGGGCUUGCAGCUGAGGUUCUUGGAAGAAUGUUGGAGAUAAUUAAAUCAGAGAAAGGAGAUUCUGCUUUGAAUGAGAUCCUUACAAGCUCCAGUCUGUCAGUUGAGAACUUCCGGCCUCCAGAGUCUAACAAAACAUGGAGGCUAGAUGAGUUUCUUUUUAGUCUUGUCAAAUAACCAAAAAAAA